UUGAAUCCAAGGCUUCAGAGGCGGACCUACAGAGUAGCUGCUCCCAACUCUCUUUGGCAUGUAGAUGGCAAUCACAAAUUAAUAAGAACGAGUAUCUAAAGAAAUGGCAACUCAGCAUUGUGAAACAUACCCAAGUGACAGAGACAGCGCCGAAAAUAAGAUAUCGAUACAGGUCCAAGGUUUUCGUCUUGAAAUUUAUUCAACUCGCCAGACCAAAUUCUCCUGCUCCAUUGAUGAAAAUGAAGUAGAAAUCGUGUUGAAAACCAAGGAAGAAAAGGAGGUCUUGAACGUGGGUGUACAGCCUCAGGACGAAAGAAACACCGGAGCGGGACUAGACACUGCUCCCGAAACUUCGGGGUUUGACACACAGGAUGACGAUAUAAUGUCUGAAAUUUGCAUCUUGGUACGGAACGACUCAUCUUCAACUUUCCAAAAAAGAAUGGCAAAUCAGCAUGGUGAAACCAACCCCAUUGACAAAAAUCACGGUGAAGAAAAGAUAUCGAUGAAGAUUGACAUCCAGACGAAGUUCAAUAAAACUGUAGUAGAAAUUUUGUCAUAGAGUUUAAUAAUGCACUGGGAAAAAAUAAGCAAUAUGAAUAAAGCUUCGGAUGGAGAUAAUACCUCAAGAACAAAGUUGAUAAAUGUGAAUGUUGCACCUGAUAUUUUAAAACUUUCACCAACUCAAAAUAAAAUAAAAAGUGCAGCUACUAACACAUAGGCUUAUCGAAAUUUCAUUUUAAGUCAAACAUGUCUACUAUGCAAACCUCAUUAAGUAUGUUAAAAAUCCUCUCGGGUCUAUUCUUUUUCAUGGCUAUCAAUAGGUCAUAAACAUGGAUACUGGCACUUUCCAAUUCACAAUAUGAAUAAAAGCUCCUGAUACAAAAUAAAACUUAAAGAACAAAGAUUAAAAAUUAAAAUGCUGCCCUCUAAAUGCUGUUUCAAAACAGUUUCCAACUCAGAUAAUGUAUCAGAAAAGUACUACACAGAAUAUACUUAUUGAUAUUUUUUAAAGUUAAUCAUUCAAAAUAAUGCAAACGUUAAUAAAUAUGUUAAAAUCGUAUUUGGGCUAUGUCAUGACAUUUACGGGUCGUGUACGUGGUUAGAGCAUUGGACUCAUAAGAGUAUAAAAGUUGAGAGUUCGAAUCUUCGUUCUGCAAUUGUCUCCACUUUGAUAAAAAGACCCGAGAGUAAUUUAUGUUGUCUAUGCCUGAUUGAUGCAGGAGUCACAUUUCCAAUACGAUGUCCGCAUGGUGAGUCGAAAACAGCCGUUUUACAGAUUUUUACGUUAACCACAUAUAUAAAUAUACUAUAAAGAAACAGUUGUUAAUCAGGCAGCAUCAUAUUAUGUCAUAAUUUCAUAAUGGCUACGUCGCCAAAUUAGCCAAGUCUGGUUUUUCAUUUUUAUGUGAUUGGUGACAUCACAAGGAACAACUGAAUAAAAAUGAAUACUUGACCAUGUUAAGGGUCAUAUUGGGUCAAUGUAAGUUAAUAUUUAAUAAAAUAAUGCCCUGAUUGUGACUCGUAAACUUAUUUGUGUUGUUAUACUAAGCAAAAGAUGUGCAGUGUACAUAGACGUCGGCUUCAUCAUUGCGUUAUCAUGGUAUUGCAGGAAUACCUCGAUACGACUUGACAAACCCUUAAGGGGGUUUUACACAGAGAUCUGCGUAGAGUUGCGUACCUAUGCGUAGAGACUACAUGUACGCAACGCAACGCCUCCCUUCGUUUUGCCUUCGAAACUCUACGCACAAUCGGUACGGGGGCGCGCAAAAAUUAAACAUGUACAUUUUGGCGCACUGAUGAAGUCUGCGCAAGUCGACGCAAGCCAACACAACACUACGCACCUGUACGCCAAUCAUACGCAACACUACGCAAAUGUACGCCGUUCCUACGCAAUACAACGCCAAAACAAUGUUUCUCAAAACACUUUUUAAAACUUGCGCAUGGAAUGGCUGAAAAUAA